ACAGCCCCCAAAAUGAGUUUGCAGGAGGCUGAAUGCAUGUGAGAAUCUGCACGUAGCCGUCGGAACCAUCCAGAGUAAGAAAACCGGUCGUGGCCAGCAGAUGGCCAUCAGUGCUCCGGUACAUCGCAGACAGGAAGAAUCUCUACACUGUUAGUCCAUCAUCUUCACUCCGCUAUCUGCGCAGGGCUGUGACAUACCACAGGAGUCGCAAACCGAGGGUCACCUUUCUCUCUAACUCUUUGGAGGAAAGCACUAAGGAUGGAGCUGCUGUGUUGGUGCACGCUGCUGCUGAGCUAUGUGCAGUUUCUCUCAGCCCACAAUGACUUCUUCACCUCCAUAGGUCAGAUGACAGACCUGUUAUACACAGAAAAAGACCUUGUCACCUCUCUGAAGGACUACAUCAAAGCAGAGGAAAACAAGCUGGAGCAGGUCAAAAGGUGGGCUGAUAAGUUGGAUACGUUGACAUCCACAGCCAUACAGGACCCCGAGGGCUUCCUGGGCCAUCCUGUGAAUGCCUUCAAACUAAUGAAGAGACUGAACACAGAGUGGAGUGACCUGGAGAGCCUUGUACUCAGCGAUACCACUGAUGGGUUUAUUUCCAACCUAACCAUCCAGAGACAGCACUUCCCCUCAGACGAGGACCAGACCGGGGCUGCCAAAGCCCUGCUGCGGUUACAAGACACAUACAGAUUGGAUGCCAACACCAUAUCUACAGGAGACCUGCCUGGAGUGACACACAAGAGCCAAAUGACAGUAGAGGACUGUUACGAACUGGGCAAAAUCGCCUACUCUGAGGCUGAUUACUACCACACAGAGCUGUGGAUGGCUCAGGCCCUGAAGCAGCUCGAUCAGGGAGAAGAGUCCACUUUAGAUAAGGUGACCGUGCUCGACUACCUCAGUUACGCCAUCUACCAGCAGGGGGAGAUAGAACGAGCCCUGGAUUACACCAAGAGGCUGCUUGAACUGGACCCAGAGCACCAGCGGGCCAAGGGCAACCUCAAGUAUUUUGAGUUCCAGUUGGAGAAGCAGAAAAAGGCUGAGGAGGAAGAAGCUGAAAAGCAGAAGGAGAGAGGGAAAAGAGAAACGAGUGAAAAGAAGAAAAAGCCCAAAAAGCCUUCCUUCAGUUUGAUUCCAGAGAGGAAGAAGUAUGAGAUGCUUUGUCGUGGGGAGGGCAACAAAUUGACCCCCCGAAGGCAGAGCCGACUGUUUUGUCGCUACUAUGACAACAAUCAUAGCCCCGCUCUGGUGUUGGCACCUGUGAAACAGCAAGAUGAGUGGGACCGCCCGUACAUUGUCCGCUACCUUGACAUCAUUUCAGAGGAGGAAAUGCAGAGGGUCAAGCAGCUUGCAAAGCCAAGACUGCGCAGGGCCACCAUCUCCAACCCCAUCACAGGAGUGCUGGAGACAGCUCCGUACCGGAUCAGCAAAAGUGCUUGGCUCACUGGCGACGAUGACCCCAUGAUUGACGUGAUCAACCAGAGAAUUGAAGAUAUCACAGGGCUGGAAAUGGACACUGCAGAAGAGCU